AUGAAUAAGGGAUUGUCAUAUUUCAACUUCGCAUGGGACUUAGCGUUCUUGACAAAAGCUAGAAAGUACACAUUUUGCAAGCCAAAGUUCAUAUUCUACGCGACAUAUAUGUCAAAGAAGAUCAGUGUAAUGGAACAUGAGGCAUCUGUUCUUGAGGGAUAUGAUGGGAAAUGCUUUAGGUUAUUCACUGGUGUUUUUGUCAAGGCAAAUGAUGGAAUCAUGGAAUUUCUACAGAAGUUGAGCCAUAUGUCACAUACAGGCAAAACAUGGGAUGUACCAACUGGUGGUAAAAGUCAUGUGUUACUCCUGAAUAUUUAUCCACAGUUUUGUGAAGAAGAGAGCCAAGCAGCUCAACGAAGCAUGAUGCAGGGUAUGACGGACAUUAUAUAUGGGCACAUCACUUCAGAAAAAACCCAUUGUGGAGUGAAGCCUGUGCUCACCUACUAGUUUAUAUAUGAAGUCAUAAUAACAUUUUUUGUGUAUUUUUCUAUGCAUAUCCUUGUUACUAGAAAAAUGUUAAUCUAAUACGGGGAGAAAAAUACGGUUAAAAGGUUCACCAUACUAGAAAAAAUGAAUAAUACUGCUUAAAUUUAGAUUCAAAUACAUCUAAUCUUAUUCUAG